AGGAGCGGGGAAAGGCAUCAUCAUGGCGACCAGCGCGGUCCUGAGCGACAAUCUGCCGACCUACAAGCUGGUGGUGGUGGGAGACGGCGGCGUGGGGAAGAGCGCGCUGACCAUCCAGUUUUUCCAGAAGAUCUUUGUGCCGGAUUACGAUCCCACCAUAGAGGACUCCUACCUGAAACACACGGAGAUCGAUGGGCAGUGGGCGAUCCUCGAUGAUUCAUUGGUGAGUAGUGAACGCUGGUUCCGGGGUCGUGAGAUUUGUAUUAUAUUGGACUGCAAGAUCAAUGACACACUAACACCAGAGAUCGUGUACUCGGUCACCGAUAAAGCCAGCUUUGAGCACGUGGAUCGAUUUCACCAACUCAUCCUCAGGGUCAAAGACCGGGAGUCGUUCCCCAUGAUUCUCGUCGCCAACAAAGUUGACCUGAUGCACUUAAGGAAAAUUUCCAGCGAACAAGGGAAGGAAAUGGCGGUAAAACACAACAUUCCAUACAUUGAGACCAGUGCCAAGGACCCGCCACAGAAUGUGGACAAAGCAUUUCAUGACCUCGUACGAGUAAUCAGGCAGCAGAUACCUGACAAGAGCCAGAAGCGGAAGAAAAACACAAAGUGGCGAGGGGACCGCUCCACGGGAACGCACCGGCUGCAGUGCGUGGUCUUGUGACACGUGGGCGCGCACAGAACAUACUAUGCCGU